UUCGGGAAAACCUGCGUUGAAAAGUCCAAGCCAAAAUGAAGUCUCUGGUGUUAGUUCUGCUGAUCAUCAAAUGUGUUGCUGGGUCAGCAGUGGGCAGAGAGGGUCCUCUGGUGAGCACUCCCAAGGGGCAGAUAAGAGGAGUGCGCGCAGAGGAUGGAGACUACGACGGGUAUUACGGAAUACCGUACGCGCUGGUGGAUGAGGACAACCCGUUUGGGCCGUCGACACCAUAUCCUGACUUCGAUGGCAUAUUCGAUGCUGUUACCGAUGGCGUCCACUGUGUCCAAGCUUACAACAGUCCCGUUAGCGGAGUCAUCCAAUGCUUGCAGCUCAACGUCUACGUACCAAACACACCCACGUCUAACGAACCAAAGGCAGUAAUGGUUUACAUUCACGGCGGUGGAUUUCUCGUGGGACAUAAAGCAGAAUUAUCACCGAGAUUUUUACUUGAACGCGACGUUGUCGUCGUCACAAUCAAUUACCGAUUGGGUUUGCAUGGCUUCUUAUGUUCAAGUGAACCUGGAUUUAAAAACGCUGGACUUAAAGAUCAGGUCCUGGCCAUCAAAUGGGUGAAAGAUAAUAUCGCAGCCUUUGGCGGAGAUGCUGACAAAGUCACUGUUUUUGGAGAGUCAGCUGGUGCGAUCAGUAUAGAUUAUCAUUUACAUGCAGCUGAAAACUUUGCUCAGAGAGCUAUCCUCAUGAGCGGUAGUGCUUUGAUGUCAUGGAUUCUUGCUGAAGAAAAUGAUGAGAUUCCAAUAACUGUAGCUAAAAACCUUGGGUUCAGUGGGAACGAUAUCAAAGGAGCUAUAGAAUUCCUAAGCACACAAGAUCCGACCAAAAUUGCAGAAGAGGCCGACCGUUUACAUUAUUUAGCCGAUGAAGAGAACUACCCGGUUACUAUGCCUUGUGUUGAACGUGAUUCAGACAGCGGUAUCCUCACUGACUACCCUGUGAACGUGCAACCAAAAGUCAAAGGAAUAGAUAUCAUGAUUGGCUACACUAACAAAGAGAUGAUGUUCAUGUACCCAAAUGCUGACAAUUUACAAUUUUAUAGAACAUACUCCUUCAAUCGGGCACUAUUGCACGAUUUCGAUGAAGCCCAUGACGUAGACAUCGUCAGACAAUUUUACAUCGGAGAUGAACAACCAAGCGAAAGCUUACAAGACGUUAUAAUAGAUUACUCAUCUGAUGCUUCUUUUGUUCACUCUGCUGAGAGGUCUGUGGACAAGUAUCUGGAUGCUGAAGCUAGCAGUGUUUAUAAAUUUAUAUUUACCUACGAAGGGAACAGGAAUUUUGGUAAAAUAGCGAUGGGUCUGACUGCGGCAGGCGCCAGUCACGGGGAUGACUUGGGAUAUGUAUUUGACGCACCGCUAUUAGCGGGUCCCAUCACUGACGCUGAUCGGAUAGUCGUUGAUGCGAUGACGAAAACGUGGACUGACUUCGCUAAAUAUGGAAACCCAACACCACAGCCAACAGACUUGAUCCCCGAGUGGAAACCGGUCGACAAGAACCAGCGACCAUAUAUGAACAUAGGCAGUCCUAUUAGAGCUGAGAGUCGGGUGUUCAACGAGAGAAUGGCUUUCUGGGAUCUGUACUACAAACUCCAUGGAGAUAAAGUUAAGGGUUACAACAAUGGCUCUUUAGCAAUCUAAUCACAGUAUUUGUAACAUUAUUGCGAUAGGGCCUUUAAGGCAAAAUUUUAUCUACCGAAAUGUUAAUGAGGCAUGUUAAAAAA